CUACCGUCUUUGCUUUUGCUGUUCCUCUUUUACGUCAUUUCCGCUGGGGGACGGGCCUGCAUUCCCAAACCCGUGGCGGGAGUCUGAGCUUCACUGUCCCCUGGGUCCGGUGUAGGAUUGACUUCUGCGUGGCCGCAGGCUCAACAUGUACAACAUAUCUAACACCCAAGAACCUUAUACACCUAAAGAUUCUUGUUUGAAAACUGAGUUUGAAGAUCAGCUGUUGUUUUUGCCUAAAAAAUUAAGAGCAAGACUACUUCCUUUUCAGAAGAAUGGUAUCAAGUUUGCUUUGAAAAGAGAUGGCAGAUGUAUGGUGGCUGAUGAAAUGGGUCUAGGAAAAACAAUUCAAGCAGUUGCCAUAGCUUAUUUCUAUAAAAACGAAUGGCCUCUUUUAAUAGUUGUUCCUUCAUCUCUGAGAUAUCCUUGGACAGAGGAGAUUGAGAAAUGGAUUCCAGAACUAGGACCACAAGAGAUUGUCAUUAUUCAGAAUAAAACUGAUAUUGGGAGUAUAUCGACCAGCAAAGUAACAGUUCUAGGUUACGGUCUAUUAACUACAGAUGCCAAACUCCUGAUAGACACUCUGUACAAUCAGAACUUUAAAGUCGUUAUAAUAGAUGAAUCACACUACAUGAAGUCCAGAAAUGCAUCCCGAAGCAAGAUUUUAUUGCCAAUAAUACAAAACUCUAGAAGAGCCAUUCUUCUUACUGGGACUCCAGCUUUGGGAAGACCUGAAGAGCUUUUUAUGCAGAUUGAUGCACUUUACCCAAAACGAUUUGGAACAUGGACUGAAUAUGCAAAAAGAUAUUGUAAUGCUCAUCUCAGGUAUUUUGGUAAAAGAGCUCAGUGGGACUGCAGAGGUGCGUCCAAUCUAGGUGAACUUCAUCAGCUGUUAAGUAAUAUAAUGAUUAGGAGAUUAAAGAAUGAAGUUUUAACUCAGCUACCCCCUAAAAUUAGACAGCGUAUUCCAUUUGAUCUUCCUUCUACAGCAGCUAAGGAAUUGAAUACUAGCUUUGAAGAAUGGGAGAAAUUAAUGAGGGCUCCACAUUCAGAUGCCAACAAAACCGGUAGCCACUUUUUUCAAGUUAUGGGGUUGAUGACCCGCAUGUUUAAGCAAACAGCUAUUGCCAAGGCAGGUGCUGUAAAGGACUAUAUUAAACUGAUGCUUCAGAAUGAUUUGCUUAAAUUUCUAGUUUUUGCUCAUCAUUUAAGCAUGCUCCAAGCUUGUACAGAAGCAGCUAUAGAAAGCAAGGUUCGUUACAUUAGAAUAGAUGGAAGUGUUCCUUCUUCAGAAAGAAUACACCUGGUUAAUCAGUUUCAAAAGGACCCUGAUACCAGAGUGGCUAUCCUAAGCAUUCAGGCUGCUGGCCAGGGUUUAACUUUCACUGCAGCAACUCAUGUCAUAUUUGCUGAGUUAUAUUGGGACCCAGGACACAUAAAGCAAGCAGAAGACCGUGCUCACAGAAUUGGACAAAGCAGUUCUGUAAAUAUCCACUAUCUUAUUGCUAAUGGAACACUGGAUUCUCUGAUGUGGGGGAUGUUGAAUCGUAAGGCCAUCGUUACUGGUAGCACAUUGAAUGGUAGGAAAGAGAAACUUGAGGCAGAAGAAGGUGAUAAAGAAAAGUGGGAUUUCCUGAAAUUUGCUGAAGCUUGGACUCCGAAUGAAAAUUUUGAAGAAAUCAAGAAUGAAGUUUUGUUCACCCAUUUUGAAAAAGAAAAACAGCAUGAUAUCCGAUCCUUCUUUUCACCAAAACAUAAGGAGAAGAAACACACAAUAGCAUCCUGUGAUGAAUCAAGAGUACGUCAGGAAAAAGCGACUGAGAAGGCCUUGGACUGUAGAAAUAUAGCUAAGCGGGAUGCAAUUGACUAUGAAAGUGAUUUUGAACCUGAAGCUAAAAAAUGGAAAUCAGUCGUCAUUCAGAGCAAUUCCAGUCAAAAAGAGAAAAGAUCAACCUGGUCUAGUUCAACAAAAGCUGAGUUUAUAAAAGAAACAGUUCAGGAGAAAAAGUCUAACUCAAUCAAAAUAUCCCUCCUUGGAAAAGAUUGGCAGUGUGGUCUCUGCACUUAUGUUAAUAGUUCAUUAUUGACUUAUUGUGAAAUGUGUGAGACCCCUCAAGACAGUACUGCAUAUCUGAACAAGAAACAAAUAGAUGAUCAUAACUGGAUCCAGGUUGAAAAAGGAAAUCAGGUUAAUGAGUCCCAGAAAGAUACUAUCUUGCAAAUUGAAACCAACUCUUCCUGUGGGCAGCAAAUCCUUGAACAAUCAGUAACAGAACAGUUCAUGGAAAGCAAGGAAGAAAAAGCAGAAAGUGAAAAUGAAGAUGAGAGAGACGGACUAAAACCCCAACAAGAACAAUUAAAGAAUUCAGACACUUUACCUGUAUAUGAUGUUCUAAUGUUUUGUGCCAGUAAGAAUACAGACAGAAUUCACCUCUAUACUAAGGAUGGUGAACAAAUGAACUGCAAUUUCAUUCCUUUGGAUAUAAAAUUAGACCUCUGGGAAGAUUUACCAGCAUGUUUUCAACUGAAACAAAACCGGUCACUGAUUUUGAAGUUUGUGCGAGAGUGGAGUAGUCUCACUGCCAUGAAGCAAAGAAUUAUCCGGAGAAGUGGCCAUAUUUUUUGCAGCCCUAUUCUGGCUUUGGAUGAGAUAACAAUGCAACAAAUUAAACAAUGUAGUAUCAAAAGAUAUAUAACCAAAGAAGAUGUUGCAGCAGCUGCUGUGAAUAAAGUGCAAAGGGAUGGGGGCAGCACCCGUGUGAUCACAAAGGAAUCCAAGUUCCUCUCUAAAAAACAAAUUUCUUCUGCUGUAGAAACACAGGAAAUGCCUGUAAACCCAGACCAAGGUGAUCUUACCAUACAACCUUCUACAUCGAAGGGAUUUUUGCAGGCUAUUGAUACUGAAGGAAAUCCACUCUGUCUCCACUGUCAACAACCUACUUGCCAGUCUGACCAACAGGACAAAGUGAAUGCUUGGGAUUCACGGUUUUGUUCUCAGAAAUGUCAGGAGGAAUUUUGGAUUCGAUCAAAUAACAGCUACUUACGUGCUAAAGUAUUUGAAAUUGAGCAUGGUGUGUGUCAGCUCUGUCAUUUGAAUGCCCAGGAACUCUUCCUUUCUCUCAGAGAUGCACCUAAACAUCAACGGAAGAAUCUUCUACAAGCCACUUGGAUCUCAAAACUCUCCAUAGAACAGUUAAAUGAGAUGAUGAAAAACCCCGUGGAAGGCCAGUUCUGGCAGGUGGAUCACAUCCGGCCAGUCUACAGUGGAGGGGGGCAGUGCUCUCUGGAGAACCUUCAGACUCUCUGCACAGUUUGUCAUAAGGAGAGAACCGCUAAACAAGCCAAAGAAAGAAGCCUGGCAAAAAGAAAAUCUUUCGCUUCAAAAUAUGGAUCAGACAUCACAAGAUUUUUCACAAAGAAGUGAAGUGCAAAUAUAUUUAGCUGGAGCAUAAGUGGAUCAAAUAUAAGGGAAUGGGAAUGUAUGGAAUUACUAUUUGUAAAAAUUUUAUAUUUGCUCUUUUUACAACUUGGAGUAGGUCAAUCAAGAGUGUUUUAAGAUUUUCGAGCAACGAUGGCAUGAAUUGCCUCGGUGUUUCAGAAGGUUCACCACUGUUGGGUCAAGCCACUCUCAUCAGAAGGUAUUUUACCAUAAGACACUGGAUCUGAUGGCAGAAAUGGCACUAUCACAGAAUGUGAAAUUCCCAUGAUCUUGGUUUCAUUCAGAAUGGCAUCUGUGUUUCAGGGAGAUCUUUUAACUUGCCUUUUUCUAUUAGAUUUUUAUUGCUGCAUCACCCAAAUUUUGCGUUAGAAAAAUCUACUUUGUUAUUUUUGAACUAGUGCUAGGAUUUGUGUUGGCCUUGGACUAUUCUGUCUAUUAAAUAGUUUACAAUCAAAAAAUAUUUAUUUGCUAAUAUCAUGCUUAUUCAGAAACUUUGGGCCAGUCAUUAAAAUUAUGCUGAUUGUACAGGAAGAGCCCUUUAUUUGUGAAAUAUCUCUACCUUGAUUUCUUAUAUUAUGCAUUUUGCAGUUGGGUUAGCUUGACUUACUGACAAUAAUUGUGCAUUUGAAAAUGAGCUAAUGUAAAUAUGUACUACUGGGUGUUUCUAAGUAAAGCUAUUAAUAAAGUUAUUUCAAAAUUGA